CAAAGCGUUCAUCCGUUCAAUUUUCGGAAAGCACAAUAGUUAAAGGCGAAUCGCACGGGAAAACGGACAGAUUUCACCGUAUUUGGCGAAUGAUCAAUGAUCAUUAUAGCGAGUUAAUGAAGACAAAACUCAUGUCCUGAUGUCGAAUUCGAAAGUAGCACUUUUUGCCUGCACUAAGUGCAACAGUAGACAUCCGUUUGAUGAAUUAUCACAGGGCCAACAACUGUGUAAGGAAUGCAGAGGUGCUUAUCCAGUUGUAAAAUGUACCUACUGCAGAACAGAAUUUCAACAAGAAAAUAAAAGCAGCACAAAUGCCAUCUGCAAAAAGUGUGCACAGAAUGUCAAGACAUAUGGCACGCCCAAGCCUUGUGAGUACUGCAACGUGAUAGCGGCCUUCAUCGGGAACAAGUGUCAGAGGUGUUCCAACUCUGAGAAGAAGUAUGGCCCACCCCACACAUGUGAACAGUGUAAACAAAAGUGUGCUUUUGACAGGAAGGAUGAGAGGAAAAAGGUUGAUGGCAAGUUGUUAUGCUGGUUAUGCACAUUAUCAUACAAACGGGUACUUCAGAAAGCAAAGAAGCGAAAAUAUGACUUGACCAACCGGGAACACCAUCGGAAUUCCUCCAGCGAUGGCGGGACAAGAGGCAGUAACAAUGGCGGAGGCAAUGUGGGAGGCGGCUCUGGAGGAGGCGGGGGAGCAACAGGGAACGGAGGGGGUGGGACCAACACACCCUCAGCACUGACUCCUACUGGCAAUCCCACCGCUGCCACCAAUCAGAACACUGCAUCACCUCUUAAGAACAGGAACCGUGACACACCUACCUCAAUGGGCCGGAACAACCGCCCUGAGAACUCAUCUUCAGGGGGUGGUAGUGGUGGUGGCUCGGGGUCAGGGGGCCUGUUUGGUCGAGAUUCAUCGGCCUCGAGAGAAGGCAGGGACAGAGACAGGGGUGGGGGAGGUGAGAAGGACAGGGAUAGGACCAGAGAUAGGAAUCGUGAUAGAGACAGGGAUAAGGACAAGAAAGAGGAUCAUCGGCAUCAUAAAUCAAAGGCCAACGACAAGAAACAAACACUCCAUGAACCCGAGGUCAAGAGGACCAAAUCAGAACACUCCAGUAACGGUGCCUUGCCAUCCGCAUCGUCAAAGACAGACAUGACCUUUAUCGACCCAGGUAACACAGACCACAUGGUGGCCAUGACACAGCUCAGAGAACAAGUAGCCUCAUUGAAGAAAGUCUUAUCAGAGAAGGAGAAGGCCAUUCUGGAGAAAGAUAAGAAGUUGACAGAGUUGAAAGCCAUUCAGAUGCAGAUUGAAAAAGAUCUCAGGGCAAAACUACAGACGCUUCAAAAAGAUCACCAGGACACGGUAGAUGACUUACAGACUAAAAACAGGGCGCUCACAAAGCAGGUGGCCCAGCUGUCCAAGUCCUCUAAAGACAGGGACAAAGAGAAAGAGAAAGAAAAAGAAAAAAUGAUAAUGUGAUAUAUAAACAAUGGAUACUUACACCCAAUCAGGAGUGGAGUGGGUGCUUAUAACACAGAUGUGAUUGACUAAUCAUCAUGAAGGCAUUAUGGGUACAGUGAUAAAUGGCUAGCACCGUCGAAGAAUGGAUGCAAGGCCAAGGGAGCAGAGCAAGGACUUCAGUAUGAGUAUUGUCAUCUUUCAGGGGGUUUCUCACCAUAGCUAUUUGAGAGAGGGUUAGUUGUGUCAACGGAAGUUGCUCCAGAUUUGUCAAUCAUUUCAUGGAGACUCGAAUAGAUCCCUCGCUUAGAGAUUGUACAUUUGAGAGAAGCAUAUCGAGUUACAUGAUGUAACCUAUGAGCAUUGGCCUGUACUCGUGUCGCAACUAUCUCUUGCAGUUCGCUAUGGUUUCUCGCCAUCAAAAGAAGAUCGUUGAAUCGAUUAUCCCUCCAGGAAAUGUGUGGGAUUCCAAUCAGGAGAGUUAGGAGAGUUUUCAAGUUUUAUUAUAUUUUGUAGUGUUUUUAUGUAGUGUCUUCCCCCUCGCCCCUUUCUUCCUACCUGCCAUCUUCCACCUUGUCCCGCUCUGCACAGCUGACAGUAGCUUCGCUAAUAAUAAUAAUAAUAUGCCAUCCUUGUAUAGCGCAUGUCACCUUAUGAGAUAGCAUCCAUUUGCACUUCCAAAGGACUUUGGAUAUUGUCACCCUGGCUUAGACUUCAGCAACCAUAGCACUCAGUGCAUUGAAAGAAUAAACUCAAUUCGAGUGUGUAAAAUGUAGAUUAAAUGUCUUGCCAAUGGACGUUUGUGCUGCUGCAGGGAUUUGAACCCUGUGCCUUGUGGUUUACAGUCCAUAGACUUCUCUAAUAGACCACAGCACCUCUACACAGUCAGCAUAUACUGCUACAAUAGAUUUAUACUUAUAGUUAGGCCUUAAAGGGCAAUCAAACCCUUGCAAUGGAAGCAGAAAAAUAAGACAAAAACAGAAUGGCAAACGUUCGAUAUAAAUUAGGCCAAUAACAAGGGAAUGAUGAAUGUUUGAAAUAUAAGAUCAGUAAAUCCAUGCUAAUCUCAAUUUGGCAAUUUGGUCAGUUGAUAGUGAUAUAGUCAGGAGACGACUCUCCCAUUUUUAUUUUAUUAUUAUGUUCUUCUCAUAAAUGCCGUCUCCCUUCAGGGCACUACUCAAAAUGUAUUAUAGACAGUAUGAUAUUAUUGGUGCUCUAAAAUGAAAAGACCCUUUUGAAGAAAAAAAAUGAUAUUUUGAUAAUUUAUGGUUGAAACAAAUGGGAAAGUAGUCCGGCACUUCGUCAUAGUAACAUUACUGAUUCAGCCAGUUUGAAGUUACCAUGCAUAUAGAGAUUUCAACUUUCAAAAAUUCAUUACUUUCUUAUAUUUCUCACCCAAUUUAAUUCACACUUUCAUCAGUUUGAUUCAAUGAUUUUUCUGAUUUAUUAUAGAGCAGUUGUCAAGGCUGGAUUUCCCUUUUAAGUUGCCUGCUUUCUAUGAGAGAUUUCCUAAAAACAAUUUUUUAAGUUAUUAUUUCUUAUACAUCUCAAAGCAAUGAGUGAAUCCCUAUUGUAAUCAUUUUGUUCCAGCAAAUUUUGCCAAUUUACAUAACAUUUUGCCAACAAUUUAAUAUAAUCCCAUUUAUUUCAAGUUGCUGAAAAUGUGCACCUCUUCAUAAAGCAGGUCUUAGCAAUUGUCACUACUUAAAAGAAAUUGUGUGAUAUGAAUACCUCAGCUUCUUUUUCCAUCUCUAGGAUUGGAUCCUUUCAAUUCAUGCCAAGUUCUAGAGACCUGUUUUUGAUUGGAACUUUUUCCAAAGUGAUACCUUUGCUUUUAAAGUGGCUGUUAUCUUAGCACUUUGUACACCAUAUGAAUAUUCAUAGAUGGCCAAGAUGCGUUUAAGCUGCAAGUUGGAAUUGUACACACUCAAAGAGGGGUUCCAUAUAAAAGUGAUUUGUACUUUGGUAUGCUGCUCACCAACAUGAACGACUCAUCAGUUCAUAGCUUUUUUUAAUAUUUAUUUUUACUGUGUAUAAUUUUUAAUUCUCACAGUAAAACCACUCUCCAAGUAUGGCGUAAUAACUCAAGUUUGAACAGUAAAAUUGUAUUGUGAAGUAUGCGAGAAAGGGUUUGAUUCCAUAGGUGAUUUCCCAACUGACUUACAUGUAAGUCAUUUGAGGUUUUAUGAUCUACUUUUAGAUGUGUAAUAUUGUAAUUGUAUAAAGAGCAAAAAUGAAAUGUAGAUUUUGUAUAUGUAUGCAUUUAUCAAACAAUCUUUUCUCAUAUUUUUGUAACAACGCAAUCUUUCAUAUUUGUAAACAUUAAGAUGUCGUAAAGAAGAGAGAGCUUAGAUGUUUAGAAUAAGUGUCAUUUCUCCAACUUUUGAAUUACCAACUUGUGUGUGUUGUCAAGUUCAAAUACAUUUAGUAAAAUAAUAUUUGCAAUUCAAUGGGUUUUUUAAUAAAUAUUUCCAAGCAAUGCCCAUUUUUAUUUACUCUACAAAUCCAGGUAUUGUAUGUUUCAUGUUGACAUUUACAGGUCUUUGCACAAAUGUAUCAGUUAUCUGUAUGCUCAUCUUCAUAUUCAGGUGCAAUUUAAAUGGAAUGAGAAACUUUGAACUUCUGGUCAUUUUUAACAGGGACAGAUAGCCAGGAUUUUAAUUUUGAUGUCAUUUUAAAGACUUUAGAUAAUCAAUAGUCUAUCCUUGGUUAUAAGAAAUGGAAAUGGUUUAAACAAUGGGAAUACUACUGACUUGUAUUUGAGUUUCAAAACUCUGCUUCUUUUUCAUUACUUCUCUUGGGUGUCAAGUUGUCGACAGUAAGUACUGGUAACAACUUUGAAAUUAAUUUGCAAACUUUCUCAUGUUUCAUUCUAUUUACAGUUAAACAAUCUUUCAGAUUUUUCAGAUACAGCAGUUUGUAGAAUAUCUCAUCCCUGUAUCAUGAAAGAUUGUUUUCCUUCUUAUGAGGACAUGUAACCUUAUUGGUAUAUUUCUAAUUUCUAACAAAAUAUCAAUGCUCCUCGAGUCCUGUGUGUCAAGGACAUGUUUCCUGUCACAAAAAUCCACAGAAAUUGAAUUUCUUGUAACAAAAGUAUUUAAAAGUAGGUAAGCCUUUUUAAAUGCAUAUUUAUAUCUCCUCUAAUGGAUUAAUGUUGUUUUCAUUUGAUUUUGACCAAAGACAUACAAUGUAUCUUUUACUUUAAAAUGGCAUAUUAGUUGGUGUAUUUCCCUCUAGAAUUCUUUGUCAUUGUCAUGUCUUUGCUACUAGGUGUGCUUAUUUGGAACGGUUUGUCAAUGAUUCAUUAGUUACACUUAAUUUUUUUCUAAUUAUUGUUCUAAAUUUGAUGCCGGUAAUCUGUGUUUUCUACAGGUAAAGUCAUUCAGGCAUUGAGAUUCAUUUGAUUAAUGGUAAUUUGAAAAAUAUCACCUAAUGUUUCCUGAUCAGAAAAUUUGCAUUUUCAAGACCCGAGAUAAACAU